AUAAACUGGGUUGCGAGCGCAAACAAGCAGAAAGAAAAAGUGUCGUUUGUGAUACAUACACAGAGUGACACCUCUUACUUUGUCUCUGCAAACAACCAGCUACCCCGGUUCUCUGAGCGGCACCUUUGGGUUUGUUUAUCGCCGUUCACUAUGUUUGCCGUCAGAAACACGCUCCGCCUCGGCUGCAGGUUGUCAGCGGUGUCGAGGAGAGGAUGCGCCGGAGCGUCCAUCCCGGUGGACGACGUGGUGAACGGGCUCACGGACGACCAGAUACAGCUACGUCAGACGGUUCGUAAAUUCUGUGCAGAAAAGCUUGCGCCUUGUGCUGAUGAGAUUGACAAGACAAAUGAAUUUCCAGGAAUGCGGGAUUUCUGGAAAGACAUGGGUGAGAUGGGAUUCCUUGGGAUGACUGCUCCAGAGGAGUAUGGGGGGACAGGAUUGGGCUACCUCGAUCAUGUCAUUGUAAUGGAGGAAAUGUCACGAGUGUCGGCAGCCAUUGCUCUGAGUUACGGCGCCCACUCUAACCUCUGUGUCAACCAGAUGGUACGCCACGGCAACGAGAAGCAGAAGGAGAAGUACCUGCCAAAGCUAAUGACAGGAGAGCACGUCGGAGCCCUGGCCAUGAGCGAGAACAAUGCCGGCUCUGAUGUCGUAUCCAUGAAACUCAAAGCCAAGAAGCAAGGCGACUACUAUGUUCUGAAUGGCAACAAGUUCUGGAUCACAAAUGGGCCGGAUGCCGAUGUCCUUAUUGUUUAUGCAAAGACGGAUCCAAAGGCCCAUCAAAAAGGCAUCACUGCUUUCAUAAUUGAAAAGGGAAUGCCUGGAUUCUCUACAGCACAGAAGCUUGAUAAACUUGGUAUGAGGGGCUCAAACACCUGCGAGCUGAUCUUUGAAGACUGCAAAGUCCCAGAGGAGAACAUUCUUGGUCCGUUGAACAAAGGUGUUUAUGUGAUGAUGAGCGGCUUAGAUCUGGAGAGGCUGGUGCUUUCAGCAGGACCUGUAGGCAUCAUGCAGGCAGUUUUGGACAACGCGGUUCCCUACCUGCACAUCAGAGAAGCUUUCGGACAGAAGAUCGGACACUUUCAGCUCAUGCAAGGCAAGAUGGCUGACAUGUACACCAGGCUGAGCUCCUGUCGGCAGUAUAUGUACAAUGUCGCCCGCGCUUGUGACAAAGGACACUACAGUGCAAUGGACUGCGCUGGAGUGAUCCUCUUUUGUGCGGAGAACGCCACCCAGGUUGCUUUGGAUGGCAUUCAGUGUUUGGGUGGGAACGGCUACAUCAACGACUACCCCAUGGGGCGAUUCUUGCGGGACGCAAAGCUGUAUGAAAUCGGCGCCGGCACAAGUGAAGUCCGCCGGCUCAUUAUUGGACGCGCCUUCAAUGACAUGUACAAAUAACCAGAACUGAGAAACGGUGAUUGCUAAAGAGACCGUAUGAGCGGUUUGCCGUGGAUGAACAGUUACUCACACCCAGCGCCUUAUAUGGAGUGAUGUGUUGCUGCUGUUGGGAUGUUGUUGGAUUGUCACAUGUUUCAGAAUCAUUGUCACACAGGAUUUGAAUUCAUAUGCAGAGAUAUAAUGAUAUAUAUUGUACAUGAAAUCACACAGAUGACCGUAAUGUGACAAGCGAGCAACAAAUUGAAUGUUUGAGUAUGUUGUGUCGUUUUGUUAUUCAUAUUGGGUUAAUUUUUAUGUCAGUUGCAUUGACUUUAUAACCAACGAAAUGACAAUAAAGCAAUAUUAUUAAGAAUUUAACCUUAUGAAUAGGUUGUCUGUUCAUUGUGUUAAAGUUGAUUUAGGCCUCUGGAAAUUGCAAAACAAAGUUGGCGUUUCAAGGGUUAUAAUAAUUAAUUAAUAAGGAAUACUGUACAAUUAUUACACAUCCAUGAAUGAGUUUCUCUAACCAUCCUUUAAAAUAGAAAAGGAAAAGUUAUGAGCUUCAUUACUUCCCUUUCAUGAUUUCACUGCAAACUGAUAACUGUUUCUGAUUAAUAAGUGGGAAACAUCUGAUAUCUGAGUAUUCUGUUGCACGUCUUCUGUGCCUGUGCAGUGCAACUGGAGAAACACGCCUAAUGAUUUGUUUGUCUUCUCUUCUCCAAAGGACUCUAAAUGUAGAUAGUGUGGAAAUAUAUGAAAACAUGUAGUUUUAUCUGGCAUGAAGAGAAUAAAUGUUUCAUUUCUGGA